CCGAGUUUUGCUACACAAAACAACCGUUGUACAUAGGUGACGUGUAACACGAGUGCGUUCUUGCUGAAAUGGACUCAUAAUUUUUGAAUAUAUUGCCGUAAACUGACUUCUCUCGACAAGUGCUGUGUAUUCUGUGAUUCACCGGCUGUGCAUGAGGUUGUCAAGUUUCCAGAGCUGCCAUGGCAACUCCAGAUGAUCUAAAAUUCCAAGAGUUUGAUGAGGCCGCAGACCUGCUUUCUGCAGACCCAGGGGCCUCCACCCUUAGUGUGUCAGAUGGUCCCAGCAAAGCCCCACCCGGAGGAGAUAUCAAACUGGACCUGUCAGAUGAUGAGGGAGGCCAAGAAGAAAGUUCAGAGCUCCUAGGAGGAUCAAAAGAGACCAGUGGCUUCUGGACUUUUGAGUACUAUCAGUCAUUCUUCGAUGUGGACACAAUGCAGGUGUUAGACCGAGUCAAGGGGUCAGUUAUGCCAAUUCCAGGGAGGAACUUCAUUAAACACCAUCUCCGGACAAAUCCAGAUCUAUACGGUCCCUUCUGGAUCUGUGUGACUCUGGUGUUCUCAGUAGCCAUCAGUGGGAACCUGUCCACCUUCCUCAGCAAGAUGGGAGACCCCCAGUAUCAUUACAGACCCCAGUUCCACAGAGUGACGAUAGCUGCUGUCGUGAUCUUCUUGUAUGCUUGGCUGGUGCCGCUGGGUGUAUGGGGGUUCCUAACCUGGCGGCAGGGAACAGAAAGGCAGAUUGGUGGAUACUCUUUCCUAGAGACCGUGUGUGUCUACGGAUACUCUCUCUUCAUCUACAUCCCUACCUCGGUGUUAUGGAUCAUACCAUAUGAUUGGCUUCGCUGGCUAUUGAUCCUGGUUGCCAUGGUGAUCUCUGGCUCAGUGCUGGUCCUCACUUUCUGGCCUGUUGUCCGGGACGACACCAAGGCAACAGCGUUUUCCACUGUGGCCACCAUAGUUGUUCUACAUGCCUUACUGGCUAUUGGCUGCAAAAUGUACUUUUUCCAAACGGAGGUUCACACAACCCUAACUGUUCCUACGCUGUUCCCUAACAGCACAGCACCAAUUACCAGCACCAGCCACUGACCAAGUGGAACUGGGGAAAAGAUGGAGGGAUGAUAUGAAUAAAUAAGCCGCAAGGCUAUGUACUUAAUUACUUCUGACACCAACUGACCAACCAGUUGGUCAGUGAAAUAUAACAUAUAAAUUAUGGGGAAACUUUAUACAUUGGGGUCAAUUGAUGAUUGUCUAAUUUAUGCAGAUUAUUCCAGUAUGUUACUCAGCACUUGUUUGCUGCAAUAAAUUAUCAUUUCUAGUUAUACUCUGUUUGGUAAAAAAUGGCAUCCUUUUUAUCUACAGAUGAAUUUAUAGGCAUAUCAUUCUCCAUGUGUGCUCACAUGUGUACACAUCUUUCUCUGGUGCAACUGGAUCGAGGAAGCUAUUUUAGACCAUUGUGAUGAAGGGGAAAUGCUAAAUGAAUGUUUAACUAAUGUAACUGACUGUACGGGGUUGUUCUGGCACCCAAACCACUCCUGAGACCUGAAUCGAUUAUUUACUUACCCAUUUAGUUUUAUUUUCCUUUAAAUGUGGGUGACUUGUAAAUUAAGAGGAAAAAGUUUGUCAGUAUAAUUAUUUAUUUAUUCUUAGUUGCCUUUUUCUUCCCUUUUUCUUUUUGUUUGUGGGAAUAAACAUUCCUCCUCAGUG